AUGCGCUCUGCUCUGUUGUUUGCCGCCCUCGCUGCGGGAGUGUGUGGAAACGUCCUCGACCCGCGCGCCUACACGACCGAGUGGACGGUGGUCACCGUCACUGAGACCGUCACCAAGACGCUCCCUGCUGUCACCACCACUGCCACUCCCACUCCCACCCACACAGAGGCCCCGGUCAACGACACCAAUCAGGUUGCCCAGGCCGACACCCAGUCCCAGCCCGCCCCGGAGAACACUGACUCCAGUGUCUCGGAGCUGGCCAAGAAAUCCACGGUCGCCCCGGCGCCCAAGCCAACGGACGUCAAGGAGAAUCAAGAUGGAGCCACCACGGCCUGGACUUCGUACUACUCGACCUCCUGGACCGAGGCUGCCACGCCUGCCCCUGAGCCCACGUCUAGCAUGACCACCACCACCUCGUCUGCUGCCCCGACCGCGACGAAUUCCUACCAGCACAAUGUCCUCUACAGCCACAAUGUCCACCGCAGCAACCACUCGGCCAACUCGCUUGAAUGGUCCGACUCCCUCGCCCACAGUGCCCAUGACCUGGCUAAGGACUGUGUCUAUCAGCACAACACCAAACUCGACGGUGGCGGUUAUGGCCAGAACAUUGGAUACGGAAAGUCGGAGAAAGAUGUUGGCCAGAUGAUUUCCAACCUGAUGUACAAUGAUGAGAUGGGCUACUUCGAGGACCUCUACGGACAAGAUGACCCUGACAUGGCUCUCUUUGACAAGUGGGGCCACUUUAGUCAAAUCGUCUGGAAGGGCACCACGCAUGUCGGCUGUUCAACGGUGACAUGCCAAUCGCUCGGCAACGUCGAUUCCUCCGAGGCUCUUCCCUUCACCGUCUGCAAUUACUCUCCAGCCGGUAACAUGCAAAAGGAAUACGCCAACAAUGUCAACAGACCUUUGAAAAAGCCUGUCUACACGGCCCCCUAA